GAGGCAGCUCUUGGCUGCACUGGCGACAUGGCCGACACCCCCAGAGACGCUGGGCUGAAGCAGGCGCCCGCACCCCGGAACCAGAAGGCCCCUGCGGACUCCGGCUAUGUGGGAAUUGACUCCAUCCUGGAGCAGAUGUGCAGGAAGGCCAUGAAGCAGGGCUUCGAGUUCAACAUCAUGGUGGUCAGGCAGAGUGGCUUGGGGAAGUCCACCUUGAUCAAUACCCUCUUCAAGUCCAAAAUUAGCCGGAAGUCGGUGCAGCCCACCUUGGAGGAACGCAUCCCCAAGACCAUUGAGAUCAAGUCCAUCACGCAUGAUAUUGAAGAGAAGGGCGUCUGCAUGAAGCUGACGGUCAUAGACACACCAGGGUUCGGGGACCACAUCAACAAUGAGAACUGCUGGCAGCCGAUCAUGAAGUUCAUCAACUACCAGUACGAGAAAUACCUGCAGGAGGAGGUCAACAUCAACCGGAAGAAGCGCAUCCCUGACACGCGCGUCCACUGCUGCCUGUACUUUAUCCCUGCCACCGGCCACUCCCUCAGGCCCCUGGACAUCGAGUUUAUGAAGUGCCUCAGCAAAGUAGUGAACAUUGUUCCUGUCAUCGCCAAGGCCGACACGCUGACCCUGGAGGAGAGGGACUACUUCAAACAGCGGAUCACCGCAGACCUGCUGUCCAACGGCAUGGACGUGUACCCCCAGAAGGAGUUUGACGAGGACUCGGAGGACUGGCUGGUGAAUGAGAAGUUCCGAGAGAUGAUCCCGUUCGCCGUGGUGGGCAGUGACCAUGAGUACCAAGUGAAUGGGAAGAGGAUCCUUGGACAGAAAACCAAAUGGGGCACCAUCGUUGAGAACACCACCCACUGUGAGUUUGCCUACCUUCGGGACCUCCUUAUCAGGACGCACAUGCAGAACAUCAAGGACAUCACCAGCAGCAUCCAAUUCGAAGCGUACCGGGUGAAGCGUCUGCACGAAGGCAGCCAUGCCAUGUCCAACAGCGUCGAGGAGAAGCGGCCCGAAGCCCAGGAGAUGUAG